AUGGCAAGAAGAGGCAAACCGAAAAAUAUCUAUUCGGACAAUGAAACUAAUUUUAUAGGAGCUAACAAUGAGUUAUAUUCGUUUUUACAAUCGAAAAAACACAACGACGAGGUUCUUGAACAUUUACGCAAAAAGGAUGUCAGCUGGCACUUUAUUCCGCCACUUUCACCGCAUUUUGGGAGAUUAUGGGAAGCUGGUGUCAAAUCAUUUAAAUACCAUCUUAAAAGAAUUUGUAAUGAUUUAGUCACAUUCAAAGAAUUCAAUACUUUGAUAAUUGAGAUCGAGACAAUUUUAAACUCCCGUCCUCUUACUCCUAUCUCCACUGAUACAAAUGAUUUAAUUGCUCUAACUCCUGGUCAUUUUCUCAAGGGCAAUUCAUUGAUGAGUUUACCUGAACCUGACUUCGGGAACACACCAAACAACAGACUGUCAACAUGGGAACUUAUUUAG